UAGGGACAUGCCAACCAUGACACGGAUGCAUCGCCACUCCAGCUCCAGUGCCGUGGUGGAGGAGUCGCGUGGGCGGCGCCGCGCCGUGGGCGUGCCAGGAGUCGGAGACGCGAACAAGGAGAAUUUCGGUGUGCACUUUAUGAGCAGUCCGUUCGGCAAUGCCAGUUUGAUAGCACUGCAGGAUUUGAGCAACGUGCACGGCAAGAGUCCGCAGCGCAGGAGUUUCAGUGAGGGCAGUGGUCCGCGGCAGGCGACGCCACAAUUGGCGGCACUGCGCUGCUUGCCACGCACCACGCACGGCGGCGCCGUUGCUCUGGAGGAUUCUCAGCUCUCCUCAUCGCGAAUGGGCGAUACCACGCUGGACCGCAUGCUGGAUGCCAUUAUCGAGUCGGCGCGCAAGGAGGUGAGGUGUACGACGAAGCCACUGGGCGGCGCGGGCGCCAGCACCACUACUUCAGCCAACAUUCUGGCGGAUAAUGCCGAGUGGAGCGAGACCAGUGUCCACGAAAUGGAGGUGCGCACACCUACCCACUUGAAGCGGCAGCGGGUGGUGCGGCGCAAGAACCCACAUAAGACCACCACCACCAGCACCACCAACAUCACCCACACGCAAAGCCACCAAAGCCAAGCCAAAAAGUUGGAGCCACUGCAGCUGGUGCCCAGCACCAAGCGCUGCCUGAGCUUCUCAUCCAGUUCCGCCUCGAGUGACUUGGACGAGGAUGAGCAGCAGGUGGCCAAGAGGAGUUCGCUCACGGCCACGCCCCCCUCCCACAGCAGCACCACCACCAGCAGCAACAGCAGCAGUAACAGUGGGGCGGACGUGGAGGCCAGUCAGCGGGGCAGCAUCGAUGUGAGCAUCGCAUUCGAUGCCAAGGAAAGGCAACUCAAUGUACAUGUGAUUCGCUGUCGGGACCUGCAGCGCUCGCAUGGCAGUGGAAACGGCAGCAUCAAUGCCUACGUCAAGGUAGCCCUGUCCGGAGGCGCACAGCCACCUGGAUGUGGUGGCCACUCGUCCGGGGGCAGCAUGAGUUCCGGAUACCAACGCACCGCCGUCCAUCGGCACUCGGGUCGCCCGUACUUCGAUCAGCGAUUCUGCUUCCAGAUUUCCAGUGGCGAGGAGACCGCUGGACAGUAUCUUCAGCUGGCCGUGUGGCACCGGGAUCGCCAUUUAAACUCAGUUCCCGUUACUCAGUCCGAGUGGCAAGCUCGCGUGAAAAGCGGCACAGAACGGCGAACGGCAAACAGCGAACGGCUGGCGAAGCUCGAAAACGCAGGAAACGAGGCAAAACGCAGCGAGUUCCUGGGCUGCAGCACUUUUCCACUGAAUGAGCUAGUGCAUCCGGAUUCGGGCAUCUCGGCAGGAUCCUACAAGCUGCAUGCACAGGCAUGUCCUCCGCCUACUAGCCGCCAUAGUCAACCGAAAGCCAACGCAGGCCAGGAUCAACAGGAUCAAAAGCAGGAAACGGCAGUGCAGAAGGAUCAGGAGCAGGAUCAGGAUCAUCAGCAGGACGACUCACCCGCAGAAAUGGCAGCCGCCGCCACAGUCACGCCCCAAAAACCGGUAGCCACUGGAUCCGGAUCGGGUUCGAAUUCGGCAGCGAUGGCACUAAACGACGAGGUGAUCAGCAUUAGCAUCGAUAGCAUGGGCAAAGAGGAUCCACUGCUGCCCCAGCAGCCUCAACAGCCCAUGAAGCUCAGCAAGAAGGCACUGCACCAGCGAGAUGCCGACGAGAAUCUCUUUCUGAGAUUCCUGGAGCUGGAUCCGCCGGCGGAUGGCAAUGCGAAUAGCACCACCACCCAGGCACAGGCGACGGGCGCCCAGUCCUCGGCGUCGAAGGCCAACGAGAGCAAUGCCAAUCACCUGAACAAUGGAACUUCCGGUGGCCGGAGACAGUCCACCAUGCCAAAUAGCGGAGCAGCCAGCGGAGGAGCCACUGUCCGCCAGCAGCAGGGACGCACCCCGUUCACCAUGACGAAGGGACUUACGCGAACCGAGGAGCGGGGCUUUGGAUUCUCGAUCGUGUGGACGCAUCCGCCGCGGGUGGAGAAGAUCGAGGCGGGACUGUCGGCCGAUCGGUGUGGCAUUUUGCCCGGCGACUAUGUGAUCUUUGUGGACAAGCACAACGUCGUCACGAUGCCCGAGGCUGAUGUUCUGAAUUUGAUACGAUCGCAGGGCUCGUCCUUGACGUUGGAGAUAUUCAGAAGGUCAGGCGCGGGCGCCACAACAAUCACGUCGACGGACUUGGGCCAGAACAAUGUUCACAUAAGCACCAGAUUGGGCGCCACAGUGGGCUUGGGCAGCGAGGAGCACACACUGGCCACCACCGCCACGGGAACGACCACCGUGAUGAGUCUGCAAAGGACGACCAGUACGAGAAUCGCGCCGAUGGCCAAUAGCAUGGCCAACAGUCGGCCGGCCACCGCCUGCUCGGGAACCACCUCCUCCAUCGAGGCGGCCAAGAGGAGGCUUCACCUGCCGCAGGUCACCUUCAGCAAGGAGUCGAUUGUGCCCAUCACGGACAACCGCAGACGCUUCCUGCUCCAGCUGAUUAGUCGGGAGCAGAACUUCACGGCCGCCCUGCACUUCGGAGUGGACCGCUUUGUGCAGCCGCUGGGGGAGCGUAAGGAUCUGAUCUCGCCGAACGAUCAUCGCACCCUGUUCCAGAACAUCGACGAGCUGCUCCGGAUUGCGGAGGACAUACUGGAGCAGUUGUGCAGCAGCGAUCAGCAGGACCAGGAGCCGCAGAUGAACUUCGCCUCGCGCGUCUACCUAUCCAAGACGACGGCGAUCUGUGCGGCGUACAAGAAGUACUGCAAUGGCAUCAAGCGGGCGGACUGCGUUUUGGUCAAUAAGUCGCGACAGACGGGCUCCGAGUUUAUUGCGUUCAUUACGGAACCGGCCGUGCCACGUAAACGACCCGAUCUCACCAUGUUCAUCCAUCGACCACUGCAGCAUUUUCGCGAAAUCCUCAAGCUGAUGCAGUUGCUCGCUGGCAAUUGUCAUGUGGAUACGGAGGAGCACAAGAACUUUAGCACGGUCAUCAACGAACUGCAGGCGGCCUAUCGGGAGAUCACGGUGAGCAGUGGUCUGAUGGAACCACUGGGCGAGGGUCGUCCCCUGCUCACCCUCCAGGAUCUGGAGUCCCGCAUGGUCUUCACCAAGUGCAAGCCGUUCACGUUGGCCGUUCAGGGGCGCCAGUGGAUCUUCGGAGGCGAUUUGUCCCGCGUCGAAGGUCGCUCCGUGAAACCCUAUUGGACACUGCUCUUCAGCGAUAUCAUCGUGUUUGCCAAGGUCAGCCGUGAUCGAGUGCUGUUUAUCACCGAGGAGCCCAUUCCCAUCGCCAAUGUGGUGGACUCCUGUUUCCACAUGCGCAAGAAAACCACCGAGUUCCGUCUCACAGUGGAUCCCAAUGGACGCCUGGCGGAGAGUCCAACGGGCUACUGUGCCCCCGAUCUCACCCGCACUCCCAAGCGCGGAGCCCGCCGCAAGAGCCUUAUAUUGCGGGCACCCUCUCUGGAACUUAAGGCCGUGUGGCAGAAUCUUCUCCAGCGGCAGAUCUUUCUGGUUAAUGCCGCCCUUGGCUCCACGCCCCUGUCCAGUCCGCUGGACUCGCCGGAUGUGCUGAACACCCUGGUGCCGCUGAGCGAUAUAGGUCUGACCACCGCAUCCAUGGGAUCGAUGAAGUUGCCGUCGCUGGACAGCAUCCACCUGAAGCAGCAGCAGAAACAGCAGCGCACCAACAACCACGGACACGUCCACGCCCACGCCGCCACAGGAGCGGCCAACGACCGAUCCGCGGAUCGGUCGCACGGGCACAACCAUGGUCACAACCACGGCCACAUCCAUGGUGGUCAUGUGGAGCAGAUCGAGCUGCUGAUCGACGAGAAGUGCCGCAUUCUGAACAAGACGGGCACGCCCAAGUCGAGCGCCCUGCACCUGGCCAACUGGAUGAAGGGUCAGCUGGACAAGCAGCAGCAGCAGGCGCGACUGGCGGCCAUUGCCCGUUCGCAGGAGAAUGUGAGCGCCGAGGACGAGCAACUGAUCUUCAACAGCGACAGCGAGCAGGACGAACGCAUCACGUACUGGACGCGCCAGCAGCUGGAGAAGCGAACCAAGGAGCUAAAUCUGGCCAAGGAAAAUGGUGGUCUAUCUGCAAGGCCCAAUUUCGGGGGCAAGCGACUGAGUGGCGUCGAGGAGCUGAGCAUGAGCGCCACCUCGGAUAUAUACUCCACGUCGGAGGCGGAGGGCGUGACCAGCGUGAUCAGUCAGUCGCACAGCACCACAUCCGACAGCCAGAUCACCGUACGCUCGAGUCCCAUUGUGCUGGACAAGCUGGCCGUUUGCCGUCACUGCCACAAGAAUUGCCAGCAGAGCGGAUCGGGUGGAGUGCGUCCUGGCGGCGGAGGCGGAGGUGGAGGUGGAGUAAACAACUCCAGUUCCACGCCCGUGCUGCUCUGCAAUUCGUUGAAGGUGCAGCAUAGCCAAUCGUCGCCAAAUCGCUGCUGCAAGCUCAGCAAUGGCAUUGCAGCAGGUGCCUCGGAAAUGGCCAUGCCAAGGAUGAGCAAUCGAACUGGAACGGGCACGGGCACGGGCACGGGCACGGGCAGCGUGACCAGCAUGUCCAGCAGCACUAUCACGGGGGAGCUGUCCUCCAAGGUGGUGGCCAGUAGCAGUCGUCGGGAAACCGGCGACACGGAGAGCGACGUGGCCCAACUGAUAACCGAUGAAAUUUCCCAAUCGCAAUCAGAGGCCACCGAUGACAGCGUCGGUGCGAUGCCCAACAGCAGCAGCAGCGCCGGCGAAGGAAUCCCACUCAUUACCGGCGCCAAGCUACGUCAUCUAGAUCCGCCAGCCACAGUUUCAUCCUUGCCCAAUGGCCACUGCUCCGCUGGCGUCGGUGGUGCUGGUACUGGUGGUGUUGGUGGUGGUUCGCCAAAACCGCUGCCACCGCCACGUCGCACCCGCGUUGUGGCCCAAAUGUGCCAGGAGCCACCGAGGCCAAAGGCCAACCAGCAGGUGAAGGCCAUUGUGACCAUUACGGAGACGGCCAGGAUAAUGCGAAGCAGUCCAACGAAAGGCACGGGUACGGGAUCGGUAACCGGCACCGGCUCGGUGGGUGGUUCCCCAGCCAAGUAUGCCGCCUGCCACUGCCGCUGUACUCCGGAGGACUUCACCCACGCCCAGCUCUCGCCGGACAAAAUGGAGCAGCAGACCUGCAAGCUGCUGGAAUCGCCGAAGCAAACGACCACUACACUGGAGCAGAAACAGGAGGACGAACAGUUGUCCCUGAUGCUCAUUGGCUUGGCUCAGCUUGCGCCAGCUGCCACGCUUUGUGGGCAGGAGAGGCUCUCCUCCAAGGAGGAGAAUGGCACACCCACCAUAGCGGUGGUGCCGCCCACGCCGGAUUCGGUGCUCACGAAGACCAGCACCCACGUGUGGGACAACAGUGGGUGCUCCUCGAACGGCGGGGGAACGUCCACCACCAGUACCGCCACCACCACAACCAAACAGCCUAGGCAGGCCAUCAUUGAGAAUAUACCGGAGGACUCGUGUGACGAGUCGCCAUUGGAUGAGGAGCCACCCUAUCGACCCAUGAGCAGUGCCCUGCGCCGAUUCGGCACCAUGUCCAGCUUGGAGAAACUACCUUCCGACGAUCGCAUGGAUGAGGCCGAUGAGCUGGAUGAUGACUUGGAGUCCUUUAAGCCGAAUGGCCACGACGGCAACGCUGCCCAAGACGAGCAAGAUGACGGGGAUGCGGAUGCGGAUACGGAUGCGGGCUCGGAACGAGCACUGGUACAAAACGAUCUGGGGGCCGCCAGUUCAUCGGGAGUGCUGGUCAAUGGCGAGGUGCUGGCCAGUGGCGCGUGGACAAAUCGAGCGGGCGCGUAUGUCUCCGACAAGAUGUCCUUCUUCGAGGAGUCGCGCGCCUUCAUUGACAAGUACCUGGGCCGCUGGAAUGCUGGCGACAGCAUGCCGCAACAGCAGCACCAGGGCACCGCCUCGGAGACGGACGAGCAGAUGGACGAGUGCACCUCGGGGGCCACCAGUGGUGAGGAGGUGUGGGGCACGCCCACCAGUGGCGGCGACAACGAUGAUCAGGACAUGCAUCUGAUCAACUCGGAGAACACGCAUUCGUCGCCAACGAAGUCGAGCACCUCCUUGAACGACGACGACGACACGGAGUUGAUGAUGGACGAGCUGUUGAUGGCGCCACCGAUGACUGCGAGCACGAUUCGGGGACUGUUGCCACGCUUUUACAGACGUCGCCUUGAGCCCCUUUUUGAGGAGGAGACGGAGAGCGACGAAGAGAAGACGCAGCAGGAUAGCGAUGACGUCAAAAAGGGGGAAGCAACGACCAAUGGCCACUACCUAGAGGAUUCGGCUGGAAGUUCAAGCGACAGCGAGGAGGCGCCACCAGUCCCACCACCAGCUCCUCGGCCAGUGGUGCCGGAUCGGGAGGAGGAUCCGUCGGCGGCGGACAUGCAGGCGAAUCUGGCGAAGGCGGACCUGGUGGACCAGGCGGGCUCACACUCCUGCAGCGUGGAGCGACUGCAUCCGAAUCUGGCCACGAGUGCGAUGGGGCCGCGUCCUUUGCUCACCACCCGCCUGCUGCCCACCACGGCCAUCGAUCCUCAGCCGCAGCCUCUGCCUCCGGCAGUGCUGGUGGCCUCAUCCUGCGAGUAUCUGCUCGAUCAGCGCCCCUCGAGCGGAUCAGGACGCGAUCUCAGCGGCGGGAACCGCUGCAUCAGCAGCACCACAACGCCAUCCUUUCGGGCGAUGCAUCCGUCUCCGGCGAAGGCAGCAGCGACGCCGAUCGCGAUGAAUGUGAUGAUGACAACGACGACAACGACGACGACGACGACGAUGAUGACAACGACGACGACGACGACGAUGAUGCCGAGUCGAGCUCCCUCAUCGACUACUUCAACAAUCAGCAACGCGAGCGACACUACCAGCUCCGGCGGCAGAGCCAGCGGCAGACCGGCGAGAUUUGUACCGCCUCCACCGCCUCCGCGUCGCUUGCUGCUCACGCAGACCGAUCUGGUCGCUGGUCCGGCCAAAACGGAGCCACCUCGAAGAAGAUCUGGCGCUACUGCUGACAGUGGCUGCUCGGUGGCUGCCGGAGGCGCCGCCAGCGCUUCGGACCCAAUCGCUAUCGGGUCAAGGACAAUGCCAUCAAUGCCACCGAGUACCAGCAGCUUGGCGGUGGCCCCAAAACGACCAUCAUCAACGAUAAUAGAGACCUGCCUGCUGGGGGCACCCAGGCCCGCCUCAGCCACUUCAUCAGCAACAGCCUCGAGGAUGGCAAAGUGUCCACCGAUCCAGAACCAGUCGCAGCCGCAGCCGCAGCCGCAGCCGAGGGAUCAGAACUGCCCGGCUGCAGCCGGAGCACCGUCGGUGGCUGCACCCGACGCACCCACUACUGCCCCAAUGCCCCACGCUGGAUGCGGCCUAAGCCCAAGGCUGGAAAUGCGGCUGGCCCUCAAUCACGACAUACUCGGGGACGAGGACUUGAUCUGCUACGAGCCUGGUCCCGAUCUAACAACUAUUCUGGGGCACGACCUCUCCACAUUUCAUCGUCUGACGGGUCGCGAUUUAUUGAGUCGUUCAGCCACGAACAGGGUGCAGCCAAAAGAGGCUGUCAUAUCGUACUCUCAACAUCGCAACUCAAAGAUGGACACGCCGACGGUGAACCGCCGGCCCCGCCCCCUCUCAGCGGGCGCCUUGGGCGCCUUGGGCGGCUCCACCAGCAACAGCAAUGCGAACAACAGUCGCAGCAGCAGCAGCCACGGCAACAGUCCGCUCGCCGGUGGUUUAACCCGUGCCGGCGUCGACCCGGCGGCAGUGGGAGUAGUGGGCCACCACCAGCAGCCAGUGGUGGGUCAAGCAGGUGGUGGAUCUGCUGGUCGAGCAGGCGGCGGGAGCGGAAACGGCGGCGGCAACAGCACCGCCUGCAGCUCCAGCAGAGGCGGGAGCAAAUUAGGCGAUCUGGAAAUCUUAGCGAGACGCGAGAAGAUAUACUCCAUGUCUCAAUCGAGGAGUGGCUGUCGAGUCAGGGAGACGACGUCCACGUCCACGACCAUGACCACGACCACGACCACACUGAUGGCCAUGGCUACGGAGAUGCGUUCGGAGAUGGAUUCGCAGAAACGCGACUCUUCCUGGCCCAAACGAGCAGCUGCAGCAGCCUCUCUGACGAGGACGAGGAGUUCUACUUCGAUGGACGGAGCGGGAGCCAUCAGUACCACAACCACAACCACAACAACAAUGACUGAGGAGGCCUUCAUCGAAACCGAAGUGGGCAGAUCAAAGCGAUUAAUGAACUUUAUUAAGCGCCGCAACUCCGAGAUAACCGCCAGUAGCACCAGCAGCACCCCCAACUUCUCUGACGGCGCCUUUGGCGAACAGCCCCAUCCGAGCCACAGCCAGAGCAGCCUUCUUCUCCAGAAGCUGCCGCCGGGUCAGUCGACGAGUCAGUCGCUGGCCCAGGACUCAGUGGAGAUGGCCGCUCAAAUGUCGCCGCGCAAGGAUAACGACAAGCCAUCGCUGAAUCGCCGCCUGUGGAAGCAAAUCACCAAACGCAGACGCACCAACUCCGUGUCCCAAAUAGUCGCAGGCUAGGGGAAUGAAUCACCACCCAUCUUGUCCCAUCGUCCCAUCGUCACACUUGUCCCCUCUGUUACUUUCACUUGACGUGUUGUGUGGCUGGAUUUUAGCCUCGAUGGCGGACAACAAUUUGCAAUUUGCACGGACAGCCCGUCGAUAGGCAGUAAUCAACUGCAACCAUAUCACGGUGUUCAUCACGGGCUGUCCUACCGAAAGAACUGGCAAUAGCUAAAGCUAAACCAAAACCAAACAGAAACUUAGUAGUAUGUUAAGAAUUUUGAUACGACUUUGUAGCUAGCGAAUCCCCCGGAUCGCAACGAUACCGGGCAGCUCUAGGCGUCCAAUUGCGUCCAAAAAAGAAAAAGAAAAAGAAAACGAUAAGCGUUAAGCGUUAAGCAACUAAAACGAUAAAAACGAUAAGAAAUGAUAAAAAAUCGAUUCUCCUGCCAGCAGAGCCAAGGAACCGAGUCCCAGCCAAAUAUGAUAUAGACAACGAACGGCAGUCAGUUGGUAGUACUACUGGGCACACUCACUCACUCCAAACAAAAAACUAGACAUUGUAGGGCAUAAAACACACACUUAACUUAACACUUAAAACAUAACACAUAAGACAUAAAAACACAAUUCAAGUCCAGCCAAAUGAAUUAGGAUCUAGAGGAGUUCGCAAACUGACUAUUUUUUAGAGAUCAUGAUUAUGUCUUAGCUUAGCAGUUUCGGGUUUAUGUUGCGGGAUUGAGACAGUGAAUUUGCCUUACGUAUCCAAUGAACUAUUGUAUGGGUAGCUUAACGUAGUAGUUUUUAGUCUUUAGUCUUUAGUUUUUAGUCUUUAUACACAUAACAUUUACAGCCUCAGCAGUUCGUAGUAGUCAGACGUUAGUAGUUGGUCGUAAUAAAAGUUUAAGUACUUAACAUACAUAAAUUCCACAUAAUUAAAUUUCUCAACUAUUUACAAACGGAACUUUUGCAUCAGUUGAUCGAAUGUAUAUGUAUAUAUUUAUAUACAUAUAUAUAUACAUAGAGAGAGAGAGAGAGAGCAUUGGUAGUUCAUUUCACAUUGAAAUUCGAAAUUGAUAUUGAAAUUGCAAUUGGAAUUUGAAGCGGAAUAGGAAUCUGUAUCGUAAUCGGAAUUCGAAUUUGAAUCGAGCACACGAAUGGCACGAAAAUUGUUGAACACAGCGGCGAGCUGGAAAAUGCUAACAAAUUAUACGAAUUAAUAACAAACGAUCAAGUACAUUUAUCAGCUUUAAUAGAAAAUCUAAUAUAUAAUAUAUACAGAAUGGAUCUAAAUAGUUCUAGUUAUAGUUAAAUAAUUGACAUAUGCGAAUUACUUUUGAAUAGUGAGUUCGCGAUCGAGUGAUCGAGUUAUUAGGCAUUUAUCACUCACAUUCACUCGAAGCAUUCAUUGAUCCUGCACCGUUUACACCACGUGAGAUAUUCAGUAACUUAGUUCGUAAACUCAGAAAGAACAAAACAAACAAAAAACACACAAUGUAUUUUACGUACUAAUAGUGCUGAAGCUACUUAAAGUACGAGCAUAUAUUUAACAUCUGCGGUAUACAUAGAUUUUUUUGGUCAAUAUUUGAAUUUUACGAGUGUACUAGAGGGCAGACGCGAAUUUCUCUUGAAAUUCGAUAAGAAAUUCAAUUAUUUAAAAAUAAAAACCAAAAAAAAAGCAAAUUCCAAGGACAAGCAUCUAAAUAAAUUCAAUAUACAAUAAAUCAAA